GAUAAGUGCCGAUUUCGUUUAAUAAAUUGAUCAAUUUUUGGUCGACAAUUUUUUUUGUUAAUUUUGUUAGUUUUCCGUUUUUAGCUUUAAGUAGUUUAAAAUGAAGUACUUUCUAGUCAUAUCGUUAUCGUUAUUGGUAUGUUUAUCUAAUUGUAAGAUUGAAAUUGAAGAAGUUGAUGAGUUUGAAGAGUUUGAGGAACUGCCCAGAACUGAUGCUGAUCUGAAAACUAAGGAAGAACCUUCUCCUGUUGCCGAUAAGGCUGAAUCCGAAAUCACUGUUGAAGAUGAUGAUGAAUUUGAACAUUUCAAUGAUGAAGAGGAAUUUGAGGGUUUCGAUACUGAAAGAUUACAUGUUGAAGACAAGGAUCCUAAAAUAACCAUUGCAUCAGUACCAGUACCUUUUCCUAUCAAAUGGUCAAAUUACAUUAUGGAAUCAUUGUUGAUUGUGGGAAUUGUUACAUAUUUUAUCAACUUUUUUUACGGCCGAUCAAAAAAUGCUCAAUUAGCAGAUAUAUGGUUCAAAACUCACAAAUCGUUAUUAGAAGAUAAUUUCUCUUUAGUUGGAGAUGAUGGUAAAAUUGAAAUAGAAAACAGUGGUUUAAUCAAAGAAACUGAAAGUACUUAUACCUUGUGGUGUAGUGGCCGUACGUGCUGUGAAGGAAUGUUGGUUGAAUUAAAAUUUAUUAAGAGGCAAGAUUUAGCUUCAAUGUUGAACCAAUUUUUGCGUCCUGCAAAGGAUGAAGUACACAUUAAAGUUGACAUGAACAAAGAAGAUAUGGAUACAUUUGUAUUUUGUGUGGCGUCUAAAAAAACAGCAGCUCGCUGUUCAAAAGAAAUGGCUGAUCUUAGUGUAUUCUGUCCAGAGCGUAAACCUGGAGCCAAUUAUGGUUUAAUGGAUAGUUUUAGUGUACAUAGUGAAUUAGGAGAGGUAUCUUCAACUAUUUUAGAUGCAAAGACUGUCAACUAUAUUAACAAAUAUACAGAUGUUAUAGAUUGUUUACAUUUUUCCGAUAGAUAUUCAGGACUUAAAUUAACUGAUGAAACAACUGUUCCCACUAAACUACCAGCAGUCAAAAAAGUAUUAAUGUUUACAUUUACUAUUCCUACUGAUAAAUAUGCUGAUCCUCAAGAAGCUAUUAGUUCCAUUUAUCCUCUAAUGUCCUUUGUAUUUCAAUGUAUGGAACGUAUUAAACGGUUAAGAAUUAGUAAAGAGGCUAAGAUUAAAGCAGAAAAAAACAGAUUACGUGUAGAAGAAGCAUUUUUAAAGACAACGCAUGCAGCUAGAGCUGAAGCUGCUGCUGCAAGAAAAGAAGAAAAGAAAAGACUAGAAAAAGAACGAAUUUUAAAAGAGGAUCCAGAGAAACAACGCAAGUGGGAAGAGAAAGAGAUGAAGCGUCAACAAAGGAAAAAGGCUCCAAGAAUGAAACAAUUAAAAGUGAAGUCUAUGUAAAAAAAAUGUGACAGUACAUUUUUAGUUUUUGAUGUUUUCAUCAUUUGUUUUUGGUUUAAUUGAUUGGUAGUUGACUUUUUUUUUAUUACAUUUUUCAUAUUUGUUUAUUAUUUGUUUUUUUAAUAUAAUUAUUUUAUAUUUAUGU